AUGCGGGUGCUUUGUAGCGGACGCCGACGUCGUCUUGCUCCGGUAAGCCGUGAAAAAACCGAACCAGCGGACAAAUACGUGAAGACACGCGCCGCUGUCGCGGCGGCGAAGAGAAACAAGCAGAAGAUAUCGGUUAUCGAGAUAUCUGAGUCGGACAACGACGUAAGGGAGGAGGAAGAAGAUAUGGGCGAUGAAAGUGGGGGUUUGAGUGCUAAUAAAGGCGUUCCUCAAGAGGAUGAGGGAAAUACUACUCCUUUUCCUGAAAGGGUUCAAGUAGGAGGUUCGCCUGUGUACAAAGUGGAGAGGAAACUUGGCAAAGGUGGGUUUGGACAGGUUUUUGUUGGUCGUCGAGUUACCGGUGGUAAUGAUCGCCUUAAUGGCCCCGGUGCCACUGAGGUGGCUUUGAAAUUUGAACAUAGAAAUAGUAAAGGUUGUAACUACGGCCCUCCAUAUGAGUGGCAAGUGUACAACACCCUUGGUGGAAGUCACGGAAUACCUAAAGUACAUUAUAAAGGAAGGCAAGGAGAAUAUUACGUGAUGGUUAUGGACAUGCUUGGUCCAAGUUUGUGGGAUGUGUGGAAUACCACAGGCCAGGCGAUGUCUGCAGAAAUGACUGCAUGUAUUGCUGUUGAGUCAUUGUCUAUCUUGGACAAGAUGCAUUCAAAGGGAUAUGUGCAUGGAGAUGUAAAACCAGAAAACUUUUUACUAGGUCAGCCAGGUACAGCACAAGAGAAGAAAUUGUUUCUUGUUGACCUCGGAUUAGCCACAAAGUGGAGAGACACAUCCAAUGGGCAGCAUGUUGAAUACGAUCAACGCCCUGAUAUGUUCAGAGGAACUGUUCGAUAUGCAAGUGUUCAUGCUCAUUUGGGAAGAACUGCUAGUAGAAGGGAUGAUCUUGAAUCCCUUGCAUAUACACUCAUUUUCCUUCAUAAGGGUCGUUUACCAUGGCAAGGUUAUCAGGGAGAUAAUAAGUCCUAUCUUGUUUGCAAAAAGAAGAUGGGGACUUCUCCUGAGAUGUUAUGCUGCUUCUGCCCUGCUCCUUUCAGACAUUUUCUCGAGUUUGUAGUGGGCAUGAAAUUCGACGAAGAACCUAACUAUUCCAAGCUAAUAUCCCUGUUUGAUAGUAUGCUUGGACCAAAUCCUGCAUUGCGGCCAAUUAAUACUGAAGGUGCUCAAAAGGUUGGGCAAAAGAGGGGAAGAUUGAAUAUUGAGGAAGAAGAUGAUUCACAGCCCAAGAAGAAGGUUCGUUUGGGGGUUCCUGCUACACAAUGGAUAUCAAUUUACAACGCAAGAAUGCCAAUGAAGCAAAGGUAUCAUUACAAUGUAGCGGAUGGAAGAUUAGAGCAGCAUGUAGAGCGGGGAAUCGCAGACGGCCUUCUUAUUAGUUGCGUGGCUUCUUGUUCCAAUCUCUGGGCACUUAUUAUGGAUGCUGGAACUGGUUUUACAAAUCAAGUUUACAAGUUGUCACCUUUAUUCUUGCAUAAGGAAUGGAUCAUGGAACAGUGGGAGAAGAAUUAUUACAUUACUUCUAUUGCUGGGGUUACAAAUGGGAGCUCUCUUGUGGUGAUGUCAAAAGGCACACAGUAUACACAACAGUCAUACAAAGUAAGUGACUCUUUCCCCUUCAAAUGGAUAAACAAGAAAUGGAGAGAAGGUUUUCAUGUGACUUCAAUGGCCACUGCUGGAAGUCGUUGGGGUGUUGUCAUGUCGCGGAAUGCUGGAUUCAGUGAUCAGGUUGUUGAACUCGAUUUUCUCUACCCUAGCGAAGGAGUCCAUAGAAGAUGGGAUAAUGGUUACAGAAUUACAGCAACUGCUGCUACAUGGGAUCAAUCUGCUCUUAUAUUAAGCAAACCAAGGCGCAGACCUGCCGACGAAACACAGGAAACUCUCAGGACAUCUCAGUUUCCAAGCACACAUGUUAAGGAAAAAUGGUCUAAAAACCUUUACCUUGCUUGUUUGUGCUAUGGACGUACAGUAUGUUGA